UCCGACACAUCGAACGGACCGGCAACGGAAGCAACCGGAAGCUCGAAACCACCGACGCAGACGACGAUGACGACGGCGGCGAACACGACACCAAUGGAGCCUACAUCCUCGAAAACUACGGCCAACUCCUCCAAGGCCCACCGGGCGUCCCGCGCGGCCAAGCAAUCGAUAAUGGCCAACGGGCGAGCGAAAACGACCGUCGGCCGCCAUCACAAUCACUACCAUCAUAAUAACAGCAGUCAGCAGCAGGCUCAGGUCUCCGCAGUCCAGCAGCACAGCCAGCAGCACAGCCAGCAGCCAGCACCGCAGCCGCUCGGCAAGCACUACCACAUUCCGCUCGAUACGUACCAGCCGCUUCAGCCGCUGCACCUGACGAACCUGCGGUUUGCCCCGGGGCCCUGUUGCCAUCCGGUGGGCCUAUCAGCACCUUCCAGUUCGACUGCGGCGGGGCCAGCGCGGCCAAAGCCCCAGACACUCUCACUUGCGCUGCCACCGUGCAAUGGGUCCUACCUGAGCCAGCUAUCGGCGGCUUCCCUGUCGACGAAGUCUUCCCAUCAACACCAUCACGUUCUUCCGCAUCAGCCGGUCACUCGCAUUGCCACGAUCUCAUCGCCGAUGUCACCCACAUCCUGCUGCAGCCAACGACCGACCGAGCUGCAGCCGACGACACCCAACUCGGACGCCACCACACCGACCCUGGUCAAAGUGAAGACCUGGUACACGGUGACCAAGCAGGGCCUCUCGUACUGAGAACGGCGCCGUGAUCCGACCUGAGUCCUUGGAGGACGAGGCACGAUUCCGGGUUAUCGUUAACCACGUUUAGCAGGGUCCCGCAACCGCUUCCAGAACACGAUCAUAUGAGCCACUUCAUUUACAAACGAAUUUGACGAAACGCAGCGCCCAAGGGACACCCUAGAGCACACACACUCUAACCCAUCCAUCGUGAAAUUAGUGAAACGUUGACGAUG